AAUUCCACACCGAAACGAAUCGAGUGAGUCCACUCACAAUGGCGUCUACACUUCUAAACCGAGCUUCCCACUCCGCCAUAAAAUCGGCCGUCGGAUCCUCCUCACGGUCCUACGCUGCGGUCGCAGUCGGGACGGACCUGGUCUCCGCCGCACAGGGUGUUUCCCUCCAGAAAGCUCGGAGCUGGGACGAGGGCGUCUCCUCCAAGUUCGCCACCACUCCUCUCAAAGACAUUUUCAAGGACAAGAAAGUCGUCAUCUUUGGCCUCCCUGGUGCGUAUACUGGGGUUUGUUCCCAGCAGCAUGUUCCUAGUUACAAGAACAACAUCGACAAGUUUAAGGCGAAAGGGAUUGAUUCUGUCAUUUGUGUGGCUGUUAAUGAUCCCUUUGUUUUGAAUGGAUGGGCAGAUAAACUUGAAGCCAAAGAUUCUAUUGAGUUCUAUGGCGACUUUGAUGGGAGCUUCCACAAAAGCUUGGAGUUGAAUAAAGAUCUCUCUGUUGCUUUUCUUGGACCACGCUCUCAGAGAUGGUCGGCAUAUGUAGUUGACGGGAAGGUUAAAGCUCUCAAUGUUGAGGAAGCCCCUUCAGACUUCAAGGUCUCUGGUGGAGAUGUCAUUUUGGGUCAAAUUUAGAGAGACAGUUCUGUGAGACAUGUCAUCUGUUUGCAUCAUUAGUUCUUCAAGAUCUUGUAUGUUAAAAUUAUAAAAUUACUCCCGGACCUCUGUAGUUGUUUUUUAGAAUAAUAUGCUACCUAUGCAGGCUUCAAACUA